CGUAACAUUCUAUCCAUCACUUGUUUUAACAUACUAAGAGAGUUAUAAUAAGUUGAGAAAAAAAAAAUGGCUUCAAAGGCUUUGAUUCUGUUGGGUCUCUUUGCAAUUCUUGUCGUCGUUUCCGAAGUGUCUGCCGCAAGACAGUCGGGCAUGGUGAAGCCGGAGAGUGAGGAAAAAGUGCAACCUGAAGGUUAUGGCCAUGGCGGCCAUGGAGGAGGACACUAUGGAGGAGGAGGACAUUACGGAGGAGGAGGAGGCGGAGGACACUACGGAGGAGGAGGCGGAGGACACUACGGAGGAGGAGGAGGCGGAGGACACUACGGAGGAGGAGGAGGCGGAGGACACUACGGAGGAGGAGGAGGCCACGGACACGGAGGAGGGGGCCACGGACUUGACGGAUACGGAGGACAUGGUGGACACAGAGGACAUGGAGGCCACGGAGGAGGAGGCCACGGACUUAACGAACCUGUUCAGACACAGCCCAGUGUUUAAAACUCUAUAAUAGAUUCGCCACCAGCAUGAUUGCACUUAUAUAUACACUUAUGUGUGUGUAUGACUAUAAAUAAAUCAUGGUGAGUUUGUGUAAUGCAGUCCCUUCAGAAAUGUUUGGAAUAAAAUUUCAUAAUACUAGUCUAAUUUCUCUCUGUUUGAA